CACCGUUCAAAGACCCACCGUUCACGACACCGCCACCGCCACUGCCACUGCCACCGCCACCGCCGCGAAUCAAGAUCCGCCGCCGUGCGCCGGGCGACAUGCCGUCUUCUUCGACCUCAUCCGCCGUCCUCAAGACCCUCUCGCCGUCGCGCGUCAAGAACCUCCUCCUCGCCCUCUCCCUCUCGUGCAUCUUCUACCUCCUCCUCUCCAACCACCGCCAGGCCGCCUCCCUCCUCCACGCUCCCCGUGCUCCCCCGCAGGCCACCCCCGCGACCCCGACCUCCCGCCGCCACCUCCUCUUCGCCGUCGCCUCCUCCUCCCUCUCCUUCCCCCGCCGCCGGCCCUACCUCCGCCUCUGGUACUCCAACUCCACCCGCGCCCUCGCCUUCCUCGACCGCCUCCCCGACGGCGGCCCCGCCCCGGACCUCCCGCCCACCUUGGUCUCCGAGGACACCUCCCGGUUCCCGUACACUUUCCCCGGCGGCCUCCGGUCGGCGAUCCGGGUGGCCCGGGUCGUCAAGGAGGUCGCGGACCGCCGGGAGCCGGGGGUUCGGUGGUACGUGUUCGGGGACGACGACACGGUGUUCUUCGUGGACAAUUUGGUCAGUGUGCUGUCCAAGUAUGAUCACAACAAGUGGUACUAUGUCGGGAGCAAUUCGGAGAGCUACGACCAGAACAUCAAGUACUCCUUCGACAUGGCCUUUGGGGGCGGUGGAUUUGCGAUAAGUGGAUCACUUGCGGUUGCGUUGGCCCGGGUCUUGGACUCGUGCCUCGUGCGGUACUCGCAUUUGUAUGGAAGCGAUGCCAGGAUCUUCUCGUGCUUGGCGGAGUUGGGGGUCGGAUUGACUCAUGAACCCGGGUUCCAUCAGGUUGAUAUGCGUGGGAAUUUGUUUGGCCUGUUGACUGCUCAUCCAUUGUCACCGCUGGUGUCCCUUCAUCAUUUGGAUGCGGUGGAUCCAAUCUUCCCCAACAUGAAUAAAACCCAAGCUUUGGAGCUUCUUUUUGAAGCUGUAAAUGUUGACCCUGCCAGGGUCUUGCAACAAAGUGUCUGCUAUGAUCGUACGAAAUCUUUGAGUAUUUCUGUUUCGUGGGGCUAUGCGGUCCAGGUUUAUGAGGGCAAUGAGCUUCUUCCAGACCUCCUUGCAUUGCAGAGAACCUUCACUCCAUGGAGAAGGAGUAUUAGUGCCGGUUCAAGUCGCUAUAUGUUCAACACAAGGGAAUUUCCCAAGGAUCCCUGCAAAAGACCUGUUACUUUCUUUUUGCAUAGUAUUUUGUCAGACGAGAAUGGUGUCCGGAGCAGCUAUGAGGGGCAGAUCGUCGGGCAUUGUAUCAGAGGAAACGCAUUGAAGAACCUAAAAAAGAUCACUGUGUUUUCAAGGAAGCUAGAGCAUGAUAUCGAACAGAUGAAGGCCCUGCGUCGUCAGUGCUGUGAUGUUCUGCCCAUCAUCAAUGGAUCAAUGGUUAUCCAUAUCAGACAAUGCGGUGAUAACGAACUUAUUUCAAUGCAGUUUUAGCUGGCUUCUGCUGUAGCAAUUAAGAUUUCCUCACUGGAAGAUAAGAAGCUCUCAAGACUAUCUUGGAGCUGCCAGAGUCAAAAUUCUAAACUGUCAGGAAUGAGAAGAUUCUUUCUUGUGGAGAGAUAGCACAUCGCAAGAACUCCCAUUAGUUUAGGUCUUCGAGGUAGAUUAGGAGGUUACACAGUAAUGUGGCAGGCCGUUGUUUGUAUAAUACGCAUCACUUUGCAAAUCGAUAGCAUGGACUGGCCUUUGUAUCACUAGCAUUACUGUUGGAGGUACUGCCAGCUGUGCUUUGUGUUCCUGGGCAUUUGGAGCAGAAUUAUCUCUUCCUCGCAGACUGCUGGACUGGGUCGUAAAGGUGAAAGGUGGGUUGACUCUUCUUGCGCAGGCUCUUCAAGAGUGAUUCAUAGGCUGAAAGCUAUUUGGCUCAUUGGUUUAUGGCUUUAUCUUAAGGAGGAAUUGUCUGAAGAGAUUGGAUGUGAGGUUGCAGUGCAGCAGAGGCAUAACGUUGCUGAGCAAUGUAAUAUUGCGGUUUCCAAAUUUUGCAAAAGAGCUGAUGUUUUUCUAUUGAUUUAAAUAAGUUGCUCUGGGAAUUUAAAAGUUGACACAAUUGGUGCAAUCUAUACUUCAUCGAUUGUAUUGCAACACCUGAAUAUUCUGGUUUGGUGAUACGGCAAUGAUAAGCUCUCAAAUUUGGGUGCAAGAUUUCCAUUCUUGUUGCAUCUUCUGUUAGUUA